GCACCUGCACCUGCACCUCUACCUCUACCUCGCCUUGAAUUCCCCGGCCUCUCCUCCUCCCUCCCCACCAGCCUUCUUCACACCGUUGCGUCUCUUGGGAGCCUCCCCGACCGACUGCUAUGGGGAACCCCCCAGCCGCCAUCAUUAUCGCCAGGCAUGGCGCUCGCCUGGACGCUGCAGACAAGAACUGGCACCUGACCUCCCCCACACCAUACGACCCCCCUCUCACCUACGGCGGUUGGCUACAGUCCCGGGCGCUGGGCGCGCGCAUCAUCGAUCUCGUGCAAUCCCUAGACGACCGCGAAGACUCGAACACACACGCGCCAUCCGAUCCGAAACAAUGCGACCGUCUGCAAACGCCCAAACCCAAGCCCAAGCGCAGGAUCAUCGUCCACACGUCACCCUUCACCCGGUGCCUGCAGACGGCCAUCGCAGUGAGCUCCGGGAUCUGCCAAAAUUCGCCUGAACCCGAGUUCAGCCAGCCCUCGACUCUUGUCCAGCCCAGCUCCGAGCCCUCUUCAUCCCCGGGAUCCGUGUUCUCACCUGGCGACCAUCGAUGUCUGUUACGCGUGGACGCCUUUCUCGGAGAAUGGCUGUGUCCGGACUACUUCGACGAAAUCAUUCCUCCUCCCAAGUCGGAGCGCAUGGUUGCUGCUGCCAAACUGGAACUGCUUCGUCGCGAACACGGCUUCGUUCCUCAGGCAGAUACCGUGCCUAGGCCCGCGACCGGCUAUUUCCCCGGUGGCUGGGGAAGUGGAAGUGCGUCCACACCGGUCUCGCCCGCGAACGACCAGCCUGCGCCUACGCCGGCUAUGAACCAAACUCAGGGGAGGACCCGUGCAGGCAGCUGCGACACGAUGAGCGCGGUGGAAACCACCCGAGGUCGAAGAAUGCUCCGCAAGAUCAAUACCAGCCUCCUCCCCAUCCCCGACGGCGCUUACAUGCCCCCGACCCCGAGCUACGCCAUCUCUCCGUCGGGUCCCAUCCCCGCCGGGUAUGUCACGCACGCCCGCGACGCCUGCGUGAAGAUCGAUUUCCAGUGGGAUAGCAUGCAGGGGGAGCAAAACUGGGGCGAUGGCGGCGAGCACGGCGAGGAAUGGAGCACGAUGCACACUCGGUUCCGCACCGGGCUGGAUCGCAUGAUUUCGUGGUACCAGGACCACGACCCGUCGGUCCCGACCGGUCGGCCCCGACGACACUCGCAGAUGGUGGAUGGCUCCGAGGACUCCAUUCCGCGCACCGAGGACGACGCAACGGAAACGAUUCUGAUUGUGAUCACUCAUGGCGCAGGCUGCAAUGCAUUGAUCGGGGCUAUAUCGGGGCAGCCCGCACUGGUCAACAUAAACACGGCAUCGCUCACCCUAGCCACGCGACAGGAUAGCGUCCCUUCAGCCGUAACAGAAAGUGGUCCCGUCGGCGGACCUGUCAGGCCGAAGCGAUCGACAGACGAGUCGCCUCACCUGGAAAACUACAGCCUGAAGCUAAUCGCUUCGACGGAGCAUCUGCGGACCGGGGGAAGGUCGUCAGCCGUUCAGUCUCCUUCCAACAUCCAGUCUCCGUCCGUCUCCCCCUGGCGGAAUCGCGUGGCGGCUCUUCCUGCUCUGUCACAAGGGCUAUUCAUCAUCGGCCCUUCUUCGACCUCUGGCGCAGGCACCCAGCCAUGGAACACAGACCGGCCCGCCACGGCCGUGACGCCCAGAUCAGCCGGCCUUUGGGGCUCGAUCGCAGUCGAUGGCUCGGCGGACGAAAUCGUACCGAACUUCGAGUGGCCUGCUGCACCUGCACCGACACCGGCACCGGCACCGCUUGUCAAAACUGAGCCCAAACCAGAAGAUACAUCGGCGAUACAGCUCCCCCAACGAACUCAAUCCCAACGCGGCCUUUGGGGCAGCGCGCUCUCCAACAAAGAGCGCGAAGUCGGUCAGAAGCGACGCUGGACCGUCACUGAACGACGGCCUUGAUAUGAUGAUUUAUACAUGAUUGAUGACUGCUUACCCGACACGUUCGGGCACGAAACACUCAACUCGUUCCAAAAUCUCACUUCUCCUUUGCCGAGCGAGAGGCUUCUUGUUUUGGCUGUUGCAUUGCUUGCUGGGUACUUUGCUCUCGCUUGAACGAGUGCGAGUGAACUAUCUACCUAACCUAUGAAAAUUAUACCCGUUUGUCCGUU